AUGGCUAAAGAUGAUGAAAUUGAUCCUUCCAUUACAAACAAAUAUCCUAAUGAGUAUUCAAAUUCAUUGGAUCCUCCUGGGCUACUAGCUUUUAAGGUAGAGUUGAAAGUGGGUUGUCCUCUAAUGUUAUUAAGAAACAUUGAACCGAAAGAUGGGCUGUGUAAUGGCACAAGAUUGAUGGUUUCAAGGUGUGACACUCGCAUAAUUGAAGCUCGAAUCUUAAUUUGUGAGAAGUUUGGCAAUUUAUCAUUUAUACCAAGGAUAUCAUUGACACCCUCUUCUUCAGAAAUGCCUUUCCGAAUGACAAGACGUCAAUUUCCAGUUCGAUUGUCAUACGCCUUGGCCAUUAAUAAAUCUCAAGGACAAGCUGUGAAAUUUGUUGGGGUUAAUUUGUGCACGCAUGUUUUUAGUCAUGGGCAACUAUACAUGGCAUUAUCUAGAUGCACAUCUUUUGAUCGUAUAAGUAUCCUUGUCCUCAAGGAUGAGCCAGAUUCUAUUACAAAUGCUGUUUAUCCUGAAGUUUUGUUAUAG